CUGGAGGAAGUGAGGCUGAGUAUCUGGAGCGCACACGCCAUUCCACGGCUACUACCAGAGAAAGAGAGAGAGAGACAACAACCUCCCUCCCAUCUACUCGCUCUCUCACUCACACGCGCUUCUCCUGAGGAAGCAGUAUGAAAGCCGACACUGUAUGGGCUGAGGACCAUAGUGAGGACACCCACCGCUGAAAGACACAGGGACAAAGGCAAAACGGACAGAAAGAGUGCAAGAAACAUCAGCAAAGAAGGAGUGAACACAUUCAAAAGAGGAACAAGGAGAGACAGGCUGGAAAAUAGGUGGGAGGGAGCCGUGGAGACGGAUCGAGAGAGAGGAACAGCCCGUCUGUCUGUGGCGGGACAGCAGACGCUGAACGCUCGUGGACCAGACACUCACACGCACACCAUGGUGGUCCAGGCAGCAGUAACGCCCAGUAGGACCCGCAGGCUUCUCCUUAAGCUGCCGGUGGGGACGCUGAGGCGAAAUAGCGAGGAGAGGAUGACGGAAGGGCGGAGAUGUCAGGUCCAUCUCCUGGAUGACAGGAAAUUGGAGCUCCUGGUACAGCCCAAGCUAAUGGCAAAGGAUCUUCUAGACCUGGUGGCGUCCCAUUUCAACCUGAAGGAGAAGGAAUAUUUUGGAAUCUCUUAUGUAGAUGAGACGGGUCAUUUCAGCUGGUUGCAGUUAGAUCGUCGUGUUCUGGAACACGAGUUUCCUAAGAAAUCUGGACCCAUUGUGCUUUACUUCUGCGUUAGGUUCUACAUAGAAAGUAUCUCUUACCUUAAGGACAAUGCCACAAUAGAGUUGUUCUUCCUCAAUGCAAAGUCCUGCAUCUGUAAGGAGCUCAUAGAGGUGGACAGCGAGGUGGUGUUUGAACUGGCCUCUUAUAUCUUACAGGAAGCUAAAGGAGACUUCACGAGUAAUGAUGCUACUAGGGCUGAUCUGAAGAAACUGCCAGCACUGCCUACACAAGCACUGAAGGAGCACCCUUCACUCGCAUACUGUGAGGACCGGGUCAUUGAGCACUAUAAGAAGCUAAAUGGACAGUCCAGAGGCCAGGCUAUCGUCAAUUAUAUGAGUGUAGUGGAGUCGUUACCCACAUAUGGAGUGCAUUAUUAUGCUGUUAAGGAUAAGCAGGGUAUCCCGUGGUGGCUGGGUUUGAGUUAUAAAGGCAUUUUUCAAUAUGACUACCAGGACAAAGUCAAACCAAGAAAGGUGUUCCAAUGGAGACAGUUGGAGAACCUGUACUUCAGGGAGAAGAAGUUCUCAGUGGAAGUCCAUGACCCCAGAAGCAGGGCGUCUGUAACGCGGAGGACGUUUGGUCACAGUGGCAUCGCCGUGCACACCUGGUACGCCUGUCCCACCCUCAUCAAAUCCAUCUGGGCCAUGGCCAUUAGCCAGCACCAGUUCUACCUGGACCGCAAACAGAGCAAAAGUAAGAUCCACGCAGCACGCAGUCUGAAUGAGAUAGCCAUAGACCUGACAGAAACAGGAACCCUCAAGACCUCCAAACUGGCCAACAUGGGCAGCAAAGGCAAAAUCAUCAGCGGCAGCAGUGGAAGCCUGUUGUCAUCAGGCUCUCAAGAGUCGGACAGCUCCCAGACCGCUAAGAAGGACAUGUUGGCGGCUCUGAGGGCCAGACAGGAAGCUCUGGAGGAGACGCUGAAACAGAGAAUAGAGGAACUCAAGAGCAUCUGCAUCAGAGAAGCGGAGCUGACAGGAAAACUUCCGAAAGAGUACCCUCUCGAUCCCGGGGAGGAGCCGCCCACCGUCAGACGCAAAAUCGGCACCGCCUUCAAACUGGACGAGCAGAAGAUCCUGCCCAGAGGAGAGGAAGAGGAAUUGGAGCGUUUGGAAAGGGAAUUUGCCAUCCAAUCUCAGAUAACAGAGGCAGCGCGGCGGUUAGCAUCUGAUCCUCACAUCAACAGCAAAAAGCUGAAAAAACAGAGGAAGACGUCGUAUCUGAAUGCUCUGAAGAAGCUGCAAGACAUCGAGAACGGCAUCAACGAGCACCGCGUUCGCUCUGGGAAGAAACCCACACAGCGUGCCUCUCUAAUCAUAGAGGAAGCGAAUAUCGGCUCAGAGGACAGUUCACUGUCUGACGCCCUGGUGCUGGAUGAUGAUGACCCCCAGGUGACAGGAACCCCCACGUUCUCUCCGGCUGCCUCCCCACACAAAGGUCUCCCUCCCCGACCCCCGUCCCACAGUCGGCCGCCUCCCCCACAGUCCCUGGACGGACUGAGACACCUGCACUACCAACGCAGUGACUAUGACAAGUCCCCGAUCAAACCGCGCAUGUGGAGCGAAAGCUCAUUAGACGAACCCUACGAACGGGUGAAGAAACGUUCCUCACACUCUAGUAGUCACAGGCGGUUCCCCAGCACUGGCUGCUGUGAGGUGGGAGGGAGCAACUCUCUCCAGAACAGCCCUGUGCGCUCCCUCCCUCACUGGAACAGCCAGUCCAGCAUGCCCUCUACCCCUGACCUGAGAACACGGAGCUACGUCCACUCGGCCAGUCUAACUCAGCCAUUCCGUGGCCGGAGUUCCAGUUUAGAGUCUCAGGGGAAGCUGCUAUCCUUGGAGGCGGACACAGAGACGGGACUUAGCCCUGACCUGUUUCUGUCAGGACCACGGAGGACAGGAAGCAAUGGCUCUGUUGUCCCCGAUGACUGCUCAUCUUGCACCAGCCAAUCCAGUUCAGAACAUUACUACCCCUCAUCCACCUCCAACCCUAACUACUGUACGCUGGCCGAGGACUCGCCCUCCAAAGCCCGACAACGGCAGCGGCAGCGUCACAAGUCUGCCGGACACCUGGGUGCAUCCAGUUCUGGCAGUAUGCCCAACCUAGCGGCCCGCAAUGGGAGCACCCACGGGGGGGUGUGCGGAAGCCAUCAGGGCGUGUACCUCCACAGCCAGAGCCAACCCUCCUCACAGUAUCGCAUCAAAGAGUACCCACUAUACACAGAGGGCAGUAGCCCCAACGCCGUGGUUGUCCGCAGCCUGGAGAAUGACCAGGAGGGGCACUACAGUGUCAAGGCACAGUUCAAGACCUCCAACUCAUACACAGCUGGGGGGCUUUAUAAGGAGGGGUGGGUCUCCGGGGAGGACGGGGAAGUGGGUGGUGGCAGCGGGAGGUUGACGCCCUCACGCUCACAGAUUGUGAGGACUCCAUCUCUAGGCAGGGAGGGAGGAGGAGGGGGACGGGCAGCGGUGUCAGAGGAGCUGCGGUGCUGGUACCAGCGCUCGUCUGGAUCACUGAAGGAGCACAGCCGUGUCACGCACACCAGCUCCAGUGCUUCAGACGGCCGUGGAGGACGAAUAGGGACACUAGUGAAGGGGUCACCAGCUGCAUCUCCACACAGUCAGAGGAGUGGAACUCCCUGCAGCGACCCUGCAGCUACGCCCCCUUGCAGCCCACAACACAUACUCAACUGGCAGAGCGGAUCGCCGUUCACAGAUAGUUGUUUCCUGAGCAGUCCCCUGUGCUCUGAGAUGGUGGACGUACAGUGGUACGGGCACGAGAAGGCAAAGCCGGGAACGCUCGUCUAAACCCUCAUCCCUCUCUCUUUAAAAGAGUGUUCAGAAGGCAGGCCUGACCACAGUCUGGACCUCAACUCAUCUGAAAACACCUAUGGCUGGAGCCAGUACCACCUCGCCCUCUCCUUCCUCUCUGUAUAUCCGGCGGUACAGUGCUUAUGAACUAUGGGAAUACAAGAGUCUGAAUGAACUGAGCUUGACCUUGUCUGACCCUCCCACUCUGACUUUUGAACUUUGACCCAGUUAGCUGGGAGCCGGUUCCUCCGUAUGCACAAACCCUCCGUGUUUAAUCCAUCGCUGGAUUGAUGUGCAUAAGAGAGACGUCUUAUGCCCGUUGUAGUAUAAGUGAACCCCACUCAUGCACACACAUGCUAAAAUAGUCGUUCGCCCCCUGCUGUCGUGUGUGUCCCUCUGCACUGGUGUCAGAGAGCCGGCACCAUUCUCUCUCAUGCACAUGACAUGCACAAAAAAACAUUCCAAUGAAUAAACAUUUGUAGAACUUUGUUCUUAGUUCUGUUAAAAAACAGUAUGUGACCACAAGCCCCACCUUCAUACUACAGCGCCCCUUCUCAUUGGACCGGAGUGCAUUAUAAGCCCCUCCCACUGUCUGGGAACUUUGAUAUUUUGUGAAUAACAAUAGAGCAUUUAAAAAAGGCAGAAGCCUUUCUUCGGUCGUUCUGGAUUGGAAGAUGAGCCCCAAUAUAAUAUCGCUCAUGAUUAUGACGUCACAAGAAUGUCAUGUCGAGAAAAUUCAAAACAUUGUAGUCUUUGUGCGUAAUGUUGAUUUGUCAUUCUCAAGUUCAUCGAUUCUGGUCCAGGAAGUUCAGCCAUUUUUACAAAACAUUAGCUAAUUUAGAAGCCAUAGCUGUAAAACAAAUCUGAAACGUUAGCUUAGAGGCAUUAGCAUGACCCUCGGCUUUGAGUGACUAAUCUGUGAAGUACUGCAACUCAGGCUGCAACCGGCAACUCGCCACCAUGGUGCUCUGAGCUUGAACUGCACAUCCCACAAUGCCCUGCUGUAUGCCCACACUGCAUGAACAGCCACAAACCCCCGCAUAUAGUGAUGUGACAUCAGUGAAGUAACGAGACACACAAAAAACCUUCUUUAAACACCCCUGGCCUUAUCGGUUUUCUGUUUUUAUGUAUGUUUUUAAUUCAGGAUUUUACUUAAUUAUAACACCACUAUGACAUUACGUUCGUAUUUAUAAAACCGUCAAAAGUCAGAUGAGCACAACGCAACGUGGCACACCGACACAAUAUUUGAACGAAAAUGACAUUACCUCUUCCCUGAGGCUUUCAGGAGAACAGCAUUCCAGAAUGUGACGUGAUUAAAGCAGGUGCUUAAUUUUAAAAGCAGCCGGUGUGAAACCAUAAACUCAGACAAUACAGGGUUUUUAAUGCUUUUAUCACGCAGUCAACAAGAUCCGAAACCACGUGUGCCCCUCACCUCGAUCGUCUGACCGAGGAAACAUCAAGCCAUAAUGCUAAAGACCGCAUUUGUCACAUAUUCUGCAAGAUAAGAAACAUCGUACACGCAAAGUACCUUAAGAAACCGGUAGCUAAAAGCACACCCUGUGCCGUUACAACUCAACAGAUCUUCAAAAAGUCCGUAGUUUGUGCAUUAACAUAAGCAGUCAUUACAAAUGUGUAUUUGAAAGGGUCCAAAUCACCAGACAUUAAAUCUAAAAGUCAUCCGAUUCAUGUUCCAUGAAGGGCCUAGAAGUAAACCAGACGGUUUUAUCUGCCCUAAAAUUGAUUGUUCGUUAUUUCUGUGCAUGCUCAGCACACUGUGUUAUGCAUCUUGAUGUUAAAAUUCAAACCCGGUGUAAAAACAGCCCUUCAUUUAGAGGUCGUUCAGACCUCAUGUCUUCUUAGGCCAAUGUGAGCUCACUCCUCUCGUCUACCUGUACACUUUAUCAAAAACAAAAAUCUUUUUAUAUAAAAAAAACAACUAACACAUUUAUCAACAUUUAUAGGCAGGACUGUGGAAACUGGGUUCUUUUAAAAAAGAAAACGUAAAACCAUUCAUUUAAUGAUUUUUAUAAAUCAGUAUUCGUUUUAUUUUCAGGUCUUUAAGCUGGGAAAUAGCAACGACAAGUUCAGGUGCUACAGGAAGACCAGUUACUGCUUUGGUUUCCUAGCUGUAGACUUUUCCUAACUGUUGUCAAUAGUUUUAAUGCCAGUCGUGCAAAAUGAAGGACAUUAGUUACUAAACUGUCUUCUCACUUCGUCUUGACAAUAGAGCAUGUUUCAUGAGUUCAUUUUCAGACAUAACCGGACAAAAUAAAAUGGUGUUGUAGAAAAAAAUAAAGUGGAAUUGUUGGGCGGGUUAAAUAUAAGCAAAUUCCACAGUUAAUUUAUUCUUUUUUCUAUUAAGAAUUUGUAUAGUAACAUUUUUCAAAAAACGUGUUGUUGGCAACUGAUACUGAAUUUUCCAGAUGAGAAAUGUGGUGGUUCUUGAGAUCCUGAAAUAAAUUAUUGCUAAAUGUUCUCUAAA